AAUUGUUAUCACGUGACAUUUGCCCAUAGAAACUGGACGCUCGAUCAAUCAGCAGCGCAGGAUCAGAACAUCGUUAUCUUGACUUCUUAGGAGUGAAUACUUCACAUUUAUCUUGAAUUCGGUGCUUAAUUUGCUGAUGGAUUUACGUAAAUGAUAUGGGCUGAUGUGAAUGGAAUGCGUUUUGAGGAAUUAAAGUAACAUGACAACUGAUUAUCCGAUACCAAAUUCACCAUCGGAUCAAUUGGAAGACCUUCAUGUGUAUGUAUUACCAAGAGAAUCAUGGAAUGAGAAAUAUAGCAGUGUAUUCACCAAUGAUUCCAUCUCGGAUGCCCGGUCUGCUGGAUUUGUCAGCAUUUCACCAAACCUGACACUUUAUGAAUUGCGGACCGAGCUAAUAAGGACCUUAGGAGGUGAUAUACCUGCAAGCUUUGCAUUCCUUCAUAGUGUAGGAAGAUGUAUGACAAGGGUGAAGCCCAAGCAGGAGCAGGAAAUGAAAUGCAAGGCUUAUUUGCCUCCUGCAGCAUGGCAGCCAGAGAUUUUUGUCCUGGAGGACCGGAGCAUGCCAGCCUACCAAGCCUACCCCGGGUCUCAACCGGACUAUUCCCCCCGUCUUGAUGCAACUCAGCCAAUCAACGGCAUGCCUACCCAUUUCCCCCAGGUCGCCAACCACGAUAGAAUGGCACCAGUGUCUGAUGGUAUGAUUAUUCCAUCAUCACAACACAUCACCCACUCUACAUUGGUACCAGGGGACUCUCCCACAAUGCAUCCCACUUCCUUCCCAGGUCAAAGGUUACCCACCCAUCAUCCCAACCCCUCACUUCCCCAGCAAUCCCAUCCUACCCCAAAUGUUAACCUGACUAAAAGUUCUUUAGAUUCUGCUCAACAGUCUAGUAGCAAUUAUCCUGUAGCUGUUCGUCCUGAUAAAAGGGCUGACAAUCAUAACACAGCUGCUCACCAAUCCCCUAACAACUCCGCUACUUCAAACGCAGUUCAAUCUUUACCCCUUAGAGCUAAUCAAACGUAUGAUGUUCUUGUAGUCAAGUCCCAAACUGGGUCUCAUCCACACAAAACAACCCUCAAGAACUCUAAAUCAUCCCAUCCCAUCUCAUCUCACACAGCCGAUCCAACUAACACCCAGUCAAAUUUCGAUGACGAUACUAACCAAGUUGCCGAUGUUGCAAGCCCCACUAACAAACGCACCACUAACAAUGCAUCUCAUGGGGAGGAUGUCGAUCAAGACUCCCCGCCCGCAACCACUGGUCUCCAACACCACACUAACAACCACCGGCACCGCCACCAUCACCACAACAACAACAGCAGCAACAUUCACCAGUCUGGCUCUCGUAGACUGUCUCGUAACAAUCCUAACAGUGUGCCAUUCCCUGCACCCCUGAGUGCCACACCCCCUGAUAUGCCAACCUCUGACACCCUAUCCCCAGGUCAAAGUCCCAUGGUGCAGCAGCAGCAGGGGUACAAGGGUGACCCUCUGCAGAGCACGAUGGGAGUGCCUGGGAAAGCCGGUCGCCCGGAUGCAUACACCAACAACACUAAUGAGGAUUCUGGGAUAGCAGAGCCAACACCUGACGAUGAUGACCCAGACUAUCAAAGAAGGAAAUCCGACAUCGAUGAUCAAUACUACAACCAACUCAACUCUGAUCAACAAAAUAAUAGACAAUUCCAACAAUCCGGAAGUAGAUGGGAGAGAUCAGAUAGCUAUGAAGAGAAGGAGAUAGAGAAGGAAAGGCAAAGAAUAGCAGAGAUCCAGGAAAGAGAAGAAGAGAGGAAGGAGGAGGAGAGACUGGAAAGAGAAAGAAGAGAAGUGGAUCGGCAGUUAGAGGAAGAAAGACGGGAAGAAGAAAGGAGAAGAGAGGAAGAAAGAAUAGAAGAACAAAGGCGAAGAGAGGAAGAGAGAAGAGAAGAUGAAAGAAAACAGGAGCACAGAAGACAGGAGGAGAUGAAGAAACAGAGGCUGAGGGAGAUGGAGAAGCAAAGACAGAAAGAGAUGGAGGAGCAAAGAAAAGAAGAAGAGAGGAUGAGAGAAGAAAUGGAAAGAAGGAAAGAAGCUGAGAGACAGUUCGAAGAGGAAAGACGGCGGAGCAUCACGGAAAGGGAGAGAAUGGAAGCUCUCAAUGGUUCUCUGGGCGAGGGUGAGGAUGGUUAUGAUGAUGCUGCCAUCGCCAUGGAAACCAACCAAUCCCUGGAUAGUAGAGGGCAUGUCCUGGACGAUGAACAUAUUAGGAGACAAGCGGAACACGAGUUACGGGACUACGAACCCCAGUCAACGUGGGAUGAGGAUGGAGCAGGUGGUGAGGAGGUGGGCCACCUCCCGCAUCCAGGUCGGGGGAGCAGACGAAGGGAGGAUACGGAGAUGGAGAUGGCCUCACAGCAAGCUGUACAGGACGGGAUUAAAAGGGUGCAUCUCACACCGGAAGUUCACCGGAAAGCAAAGGUUGGGAAGAUAAGGAAGAGCAGUAUAACAGACGAAGAAGAGGUCUAUGAAACAGAUCCAGAAAUGGCUAAUUUAUUGGAACAACUUCAAAUAGCACGGCAAGAGAGAUUAAAGAAAGAGAAAGAGCGUGAGAAUCUGAUCAAACGGGCCAAGGAACUCCAGACAAAAACACAUGAAAGGAGAAAUAGAUCUUUAUAUGAAUCAAAACCACGAUCAAAUAGUAUCACGCCAGAUCUAGCUACUCAUCCUCGUGAUUAUUGGAAGAAGAGAUAUUUUGAUGAGAAGAGGAAGACAAAAGAUUUGGAGAGAGAUGUUAACGAUGUGAGAAGCCAAGUGGAUAUGAUGCAUAAUAAACUACUCAGUCAUCUGCAGGGGAAGAAAAAGGGGACUACAUCAGUCAAAGGUCCUCCAUCAAAAAAGAAUGACCAUAAGAUCAAUAUCUUGAAGAUGCAGCAUGAAUUGGAUGAAAUCCGGAGAAAGGUUGACAACUCUAGGAUGAAUCUCACAAGAGAAGUGAAGAUCCGCAAUCAAGCUGAAGAGGAGGUCAGAGGACUAAAGAGCGAGGUCACGCAACGGAAGAUCAACAUGACCUUGAUCAGGAACCAGAAACUAGCUGCCCUUAAGACAGCCGACAACAAACUACUCGCCAAGACACCUAUACCAGCCCUUGGACAAGGACCAUUGUCCUUCUCUGCCAAGCGAUGAGGGACUGAGGAAUCCAACUAGAAAGACUUAGAUACAUCUCGAAGACUGUCUAGGACACCUAAAAUAGGUAGUAGGCAUGGUUGGUGUCAAGGCUGGGAGAUCCUCCGAGUCAUGAGGCCGUUGGAGAAAACCACCCAUAGACUCAGUACACAUGAUUCGGCCCGAGAUCAAGGCCAAGGCCAGCAAAAUAUGACCCUGAGGCCAGCCUUGACUCCAUCCUUGGUAUUAGGCACAUGUAGGUAGAUCAUAUCCAUGUGUGAAGCUGAUGAUGUAGUCCUCAUUCUGUUCUUCCAAGUCAGUGGAUCCACGGUUCAAAUCCCAAUCCGUUUGGUUGGUCCUUUUCUGAGAGAAAUUCAUCAACACUGCUGCUCUCAACCCAGGUAUAUUUAUUUGGUACCUGGUAGGAUUUAUUUCUUUAAUGUAUGAAGUGCUGAAGAAAUGUCCUUUUUUUUAUUAUUCAUGGGAUGAUAUGAUCCAAGAAUACAAGGGGACUCCAUUGGUCAAGUGGUUUAAGACACUGGCCUGAGUAAUCCAGAGGUCAUGGGUUUAAAUCAUUCCCAGGCUGCCUAUGAAUUUUCUACACAGAAGCCAUUUGUAACACAGCAUUUUAAACUUUAUUCAAAAUGAUAGUUUGACUAUGGGUUGUCAAAUACGACAUAUAAAUAUAUAUUCCUUAUGCUUAACGGUGGUCGGGGUCCAUGCUUUCAGAGAAAAAUUGAAUAUCUUUAUAUUUCUUUACAUUUAGCUACUCACAGUUAGACUCCUGAUUAAACCAGUCUAACUUUGUAUGCAGUUGUUUUAUUUAACUGUGAAAACAUUUGCUCCACAUUUAGGUACCCAUAAUUACACCACUGAUUAAAACAAUGGCCAAACAUUACUUCAGCUUUGUAUAUUUUUUUCACACUUGACUGUCCAUAGUUUGACCAAUAAGCAUGGUUUAAAUCAGUGGACCAAUUAUGGUAAAUCAUGUGUGAAAUAAAUAUUUCAGUCAUGAACCAUGAGUGUUUUUACACUUAUGGUUCAUGAGUGUAAAAACACAUCUACAGCAUUCUUGGCUUUCCAUAGCUAGACCAGUGACUAUUGUUUAAGUAUGUUUUAAAUCAGUGGUCCAUCUAUGGGAAGCCAUGCGUGGUAAAAAUAUUUUUACAACCCAUGGUUCACAAGUGUAAAAACACAGCUACAGCAUGCACAUCAGUAAAAGCAUGUUUUAUGAUUGCAUGUGUGAACAAUCUUCAUGUGAAAUGUAAGUGAAUAAAUCCAUUUUCAUUUUUGUAUUUUCAGAGAUGGCAAAAUAUAUUUUUGUAUGAUUUGAACCAAAUGAAUAAAAGCAAAAUAUAGAUUUUCAUCACAAUUUUUUGUUCAGAAAGGCAUUGUUUUACAAAAAGUUGAAAACGUUUUGAGAUCAAAUUUGUAUACACAGUGGAUAAACAAAUCUAAACCUUUAUUA